CUGAACCAGACCCCCGGUAUGGCCGGUCUCAGACUCUCAGCUCAGGUCGACAUUGACGUGUAAAGGCUUCAUCAGCUUCAACGCAAGCCGCCACUGAAAGGUCUAGAUUCAAUCGUAAAAAAGGAGAAAACGAAUUGCAGAUUGGUACUUGACUAAUUGCAUUUCGCAAGCCAACUCAUAAUGGACAUAAAACGACGCCUAGAUCCCUCGACAAACUCACCCAUCAGACGGUUCAAGCAUCAAUCCUCCUUCUUAUCGCAUCUACAGAUACCGUUGUCGAAACUUCAUCAUGGUUGGAUCACCUGCCACAAGACAUCCUAAUGGAGCCCGCCUCCUUGCCCUCGACGGAGGCGGCGUCCGUGGUGUCGUCUCCCUCAUGAUUCUACAGGAACUCAUGCGCCGGGUCCAAGUGAGAAAGAAGCUGGAAAAGGAGCCCCUCCCCGUGGAUUACUUUGAGCUCGCAGCCGGAACCAGCACGGGUGGCAUCAUCGGCAUCAUGCUGUUCCGACUUCGCAUGACGGCCACCGAGGCCAUUGCGCAGUACGACAUCAUUGCCACGGACGUCUUCAAGCCCAAGAUCUAUGGCUGGAGCAUUGGGUUCCUCGGAGAUACGCUCUCGUCCUGGGUUAACAAUAGCAAGACCGUGGUGCAGAGUAGUCGUUUUGACGACGCGUCCUUGAUCGCCGCCAUCAACAGAGUUGUAGAUGAACGUGGUUUGGACAAGGACGACAAGCGGUUGAAGGGAGAGGCUCUGCUUCAACAUCCAGCAGCCGGCAAGUUGCUUGUAUGCACAACGGCCCAAAACAGAGGCGAAACGGUUUUGAUGAAGACGUACAAGAACACCAACGUGUACACCAGCUCGACCGUAAACAACCUUAUGAAGAGCCACGGAAACGAGAUCACAAUGAGUCUCGCGACGAGGGCAACCUCUGCCGCCCCGACAUACUUCCCCGAAGUCAAGUGGCCCGCGGGCGCAGAGAAGCCGCUCACAUUCUGGGACGGAGGACUUUUGAACAACAACCCCAUCGAUCAGCUGUGGAACGCGCGGUACGACCUCGUCCAGCCGGGCGAAGCACAAGAAGGUGUCGAGGAGCCCAAGAUCUCGUGUGUGAUCAGUCUCGGUACGGGAUACAACAAGACCGAGUCUCCCAACGACUCUUGGUUCCGUCUCACGGGGGUCGCGGCGACGGUGAUGGCUUUCGCUACCAACACGGAGGCCAAGGGUAAGGACUUUUCGAGGCACAUGGCGGCGCUCAACGGUAGGCAAAAGGGCCCUAAGACGGCGUAUAUUAGGUUCAACCCGACGCUCGGGGAGAACAAGAUUGGUCUGGCGGACUACACGCAGAUGCCGCUGCUGAAGGAGCUUGCCACGAAGUACAUCAAGCAAGCCUCUGGCAAUGAAUAUUUUGAGAAAGCGGUUGACGCGAUUUGCUGUUAGAGUUGGCCUGUAAAGACAUGAAAACACUUUCCAAAGCCUUGAUAUCAAAUCAUUUCCCUGCGUAUUGUGUUCUGUUAGUUGAACCCAUGUCUGAGUCACUGCUGCAAGUUGACGGUUAAAUCAACUUGGAGAUACCUCGGCCUGGCCUG